AUGUUGGCCCACCACCUGAUGAUCAUCAUCCUGACGCUCGUCGGGAAUUUGUUAUUGGUCUACGUGAUUUUACGGAAUAACAGGGUGCUGCGCCGCAAACGCGUUACGCCCGUACAGAUGUUGAUGCUCCACAUGUGUGCGGCGGAUCUGCUCUUCGCGCUCGUCACCAUCCUCCCCACCAUGCUAAUCACGCUCACCGUGCCCGUCUUCCAUGGGCCAGAUGAGCUAUGUAAAUUCGUCAAGUUCAUCCAGGUUUUACCAAUGUACGCAAGCGCUUUUCUACUCGUGGCCAUCAGCGCUGAUCGCUAUCAGGUGAGCUGGCUU